CGGUCCUCCGGCGUCCGGGGGAGGCGGGCGCGCGCGCCGGAAGUGAGUGCGGCGGGCCGGAAGUGCGAGCGGAGUCCCGGGCCGAGAUGAAGCCCGCGGUGGACGAGAUGUUCCCGGAGGGCGCCGGGCCCUAUGUGGACCUGGACGAGGCCGGAGGCAGCACUGGACUCCUGAUGGACCUGGCAGCCAAUGAAAAGGCGGUGCACGCGGACUUCUUCAAUGAUUUUGAAGAUCUCUUCGAUGAUGAUGACGUCCAGUGAGGCUGUCUGCUGUAUCGUGGCCACGCCCCCACGGCGAUACAUGGCAAGUGGGGCUCGGGGCAGGGUCAGGCGGAUUCAGAGACCUCUGGAGAACGCUGGAAGUUAGGAGCGGAUCGGCUGACCCCCUGGACCGGCCAGUCACGUCUGCGGGAACUAGCCUGUCCUUGUCUCAAUUAAAAGAAAGCGGCGCCCUCACAUGGGGGGUGAUUCUA